AUGGGUGAACGAAAAGGUCAAAAUAAAUAUUAUCCACCAGAUUUCGACUGGCGAAAACAUUCAUCUUUAAAUGGCUAUCAAGGUGUUCAUGCUCUCCGUGAACGUGCACGGAAACUUGAUCAAGGCAUUCUUAUUAUUCGAUUUGAAAUGCCAUAUAAUAUUUGGUGUAAUACAUGUGGAAAUCAUAUUGGUAUGGGUGUACGUUAUAAUGCUCAAAAAACUAAAAUUGGAAAUUAUUUUACUACACCAAUACUUCAAUUUCGUAUGAAAUGUCAUUUAUGUGAUGGACAUUUUGAAAUAAAAACUGAUCCGAAAGCUCGUGAUUAUGUUAUUGUAAGUGGAGCACGUCGUGAAGAACAACGAUGGGAUGCAGCUGAGAAUGGUCAAAUUGUUAUGGAAUCAAAAGAAGAAAUGAAAAAACUUGCAACUGAUGCUAUGUUUAAAUUAGAAUUUGAAGGUAAAGAUGUAUCGAAAAAAGCAAAUAAAUCAGCUCCUGAUCUAACUGAACUUGAAGUACAACAAUCGGCAUGGAAAGAUGAUUAUAUAAUAAAUUAUGUAUUAAGAAAAGAUUUACGAGAAGCUAAACGUGAAGCUCGUAUACAGAAAGAAGCUGAUGAUGUUGUAAGAAAAAAAGCAUCCAUUGAUAUACCUCUUCUACCUACCAAUCGGCAAGAUGAUCGAUUAGCAAAACUUUAUCGAUUAGAAACUCUUCGAUCUGCUGAACAAACAGAAAUUGAUCGACGUGAACUAAUUGAUAAACAACAAGUAUUAAAAGGAACAUCAGCAAUUCCAUCGGAAAUUAAUUGGACACCAGCAACAUUUACUAGCAAUAAAAAACAACUUUCAUCUACGUUAGGCAUUGUACGAAAAAUUGAUAAACCACAACAAUCAUCAGAAACAGUAACAAAAAAAUCUCUUGUUUCAUAUGGCGAUGAUGAUGAUGAUGAUGAUGAUUCUAGUUAA